UAAGAACUGUGAAGCGGGAGAUUUUCGUCGUUUAACAACCAGACGACGUCCUUUCAAAAUAAGAGCACCUGCUGACACCGCCGAACGGUACCGGGGUCGACCCUCCAGACGGGCUUUGAAACGUUGUUAUCGCUGCACCGACAGCUCCAGCGUACAUCCGAGGUCUCCAGACCUGGCAUUUCCUGAUCUACCUGGGAGACCCCCCACUGGUCCAAGUGAGCUGUUUGCAGCUCGCUCCAGGAGUCAUAAAAUCCCAGUGAGAGGGCAGAAGGACUUUUUCCCCGAUGACUCGAAGAAGCAGAGGGAGCAGCUGCAGCAGACUCUGGAGGAACACUGGAGCCUCGUAUCAGAAGAGCGAGUCGAGAGGCUAGGAAAUCUGGUGAAAGCCACGUGGAAUCCAAAUGAGCAGAUUGUGGAGCUUCAGACUCCAGCUGGAAAGUUUUGGCAGACGAUGGGCUUUUCGUCUGACGGAAAGCAGUUCCUCCUCCCUGAAGAGGCUCUCUACCUGAUGGAGUGUGGAAACGUGCUGGUGUUUUUUAAGGAGCUGCCGCUCUCCAUCCAGGAUGGAUAUGAGAUGUUUCUGUCCUCGGACACAGUCGGCCUGCAGCAGUUUCAGGUUUUCGGGCAUCUGAAGAGGCUCGGCUACGUGGUGCACAGAUUUGAUCCGAGCUUGGAGCCGUCGUCCUAUGUGAGACAGCUGAACCUGCCCCAGUCCCAUGAGCGAGGAGGAAGAACGCUGAAGAGGAAACGGAGCGUCAGCCCGACGUCCAGUCAGACUGAAACACGAGCUGAAUCCCCCGCUGAGAAAAUGGAGGAGGAUAGUAAACUCCCCGAGUCACUCCUAGUGACCUCUGCAGAACCUCCUGAGGCCCAGAACGCCUCCAUCAGCUCUGCAGAUGACAGUCGGGUCAGAACCUGGAGGACCUGGAAUGGUCCUGGACGAGACUCUGAGAAAACCUUGAUCACCGCCUCUUCAUCUGCUCGCUCACGCUGGGACUUCAGCACCAUCUUCUUCCCGGACCUGGGCCACGGGGGCCAGCGCCCCAGCUGCAUGGCCCCCCCGGACCCGUCGCUGCUGCCUGCAGAUCUGACGGCUGGAGUUUGUGACGUCGCAGCUUGGAGGCACAAAAUAAACCUGCGACAUGUGAAGAUGUCUGCAAAAGAGAGGAAGAGGGAGCAGCACAAACACAGGCGGUGGCGGGACAUGAACAAAGACAAAGAGGUUCGCAGGUGCAGUAACUGGGCGGAGUAUCACGACCUCUUGGCAAGGCGGCAGGCGAAGCCCCGAGGCCAACCUGCUCACUUAUGGAACGCGGAGGUUGAGCCUUUACACGACCCGACUCGACCCCUCUCCACUGCGGAGCUGCUGGACAAAAUCAGCGUGAUUAAAUCUACACAUCUGCUAGACGGAGCAUCCAGGUUAAAAGGCGCGGACGAGUGGAGGAUCUGUUUCAAUGUUUACCAGCCUGAUUCGGUGGCUGACUUCAGGAAGAGCAACCCGGGGAAGCCGUACGCCCGCAUGUGUGUUUGUAGCUUCAGUGGUCCUGUUCCUGAUCUGGGAGUCAUCAAGCAGCUGACCUUUCAGAGCAGAGACGUCCCCGUUGUCUUUGCUGUCGUCGACCACGGAGACAUUUCCUUCUACAGCUUCAAAGACUUCCAGCUGCCGCGGGACGUCUAUCCCUGAGGAUCACGUGUCUAGGACAUUUAUGUCAGUCUGAGUCUGCUGGAUGGAUUUUCUAGCUCUGAUUUUUAAUGAAAGUUAGUUUUGGUGGCAAAGAUUUGAUCUACUGGACAUUUAUUUAUACAGGGCCAAUCAGUUUGUCGACACUUAGGAGAAGCUUUUUGUUUCCUCUUGGGGACUAGAUCUAUCAGAAUCAUACUUUAUCUUUCAUAAAAAGUCAUCAGACUUUAUAACCUGCUGCCACUUUGACACCUGAGCAGUUACGUUUGCAACAGGAAUUCAAAACAAACUGGCAUCAGAGAUUAUUGGUGAAAGGUUCUUGUUUUAUAUUUAGUACUCUAAGGAACAAACUGAAUGAUAUAUUAACGCAUCUUUUAAAUGAACAAACAUGUUCUGAUGAUUUAUGGUGGAAGAAUGCAAAUAUGCUUCAUAAUAUUAAACUAUUUCAUUUUAGGGAUGCAUGAUCAUACGUGAUAAUUUCUAUUAAUAUAUUUUAUUUUUUAUCUUCCUCACAGUCUUUUCCUGUUGAAAGAAGAGAAGAAAAUAAAACCUGUAUUCCAA